AUGCCUUUUGGGGGUGUUAUCUCCCAAGUCUCGGGUAUAGAAGGAUUUAUGGACCAACAUAAUCGAGCUUGGAUUCCAGUUGUGAAUUCCACGGAAAUGGAUACAGCGAACGCUAAACAUUUCAACGUCAACGUCAUCCACAAGAACAUACGGAUGAUCGAAAUUCCUAAUGAAAAUGAAAUAGAAGAUGUAAACCUACCUAUUGACGAGACUAUAACUCUACCCACAGAAGAUAAUUCGGCAUUGGCUAGAAUUAAAAAAGAUUUGAGUAUUAACUCGUGUGAGGGAACAUUUAUCUCACCAUUCGUAGCUAAUGAAGAUAAUAUUCAAGUUUUUAAAGAUAUUGUUGGAAGAAUCGACAAACUCAGCAACAAAGAAAAAGAUAGGAUCCCUCGUUUAGAAGCUGCAUAUUAUCUAGGAAAAUUACUAGAUGAAAACAAACAAGAUUAUCAAAUACUGGAGGAAUUCAAUUUGAUACUUAAAGAAAAAUUCAGAUGA